AUAAAUUAUUUUAUCAUGUUUUUCUAAGUGGAUCCACUCUAGAUUAUAACUUAAAUUAACAGAACCGUUAAACUAGUGCAUGUUCCGCAGGUGUAAGUCUACUUUGUACCAUAUCUUCUACGCACCUUGAUUAUGGUAGUUGGAGGUUACAAUUUGCUAAAGCCUAAAAGUCAUUAUCUUUGAACAUUGACGGUCAUGGAAGGGAAGAUUGGAUUUGUUCUCUCUUUCUCGUGACUGUUAUAAAUGGAGAAGGAGAGUUUGCAUGAAGUUAUUGGGAAAGGAAAGGAGAGGCCCCCACAGAGUAUUGAGUGCUCAACUCCAAAUACAGACAAAAGAGAGUUGCUUGCUGCAGUCAUUGCUGUAACGUUCGAAGAGGCAACAGCCACAGCCAGCCAGCCAGCUCAAAGGUGAAAUGAAAAUGAACAAGGAAUAGCCAUUGUAGAUUUGUUUUCCCUCUGCAAACGUCUUCUUCAUUCUCUCCCUCUCCCUCUUUUAUUUUGGCUGGUCCUUUUUAGAGAAAUCUCUGGUUUCCUCUCGUCAUCUCUCUCAGCCAUUUCUAAACAAACAAACUGCUUUGGCUCAUUGGUGCUUUGCUUUCGUCAUUGUUUUUUUUCCCCUCCAGAAAGAAACAGAGAACAAGUGAAAGCUAAGAAAAGAAUGCUGUCCGAGCUGAAUGGGAGUCCCUGGAUGGAUGACAACACUAACAGGGAGCACCAGCAAAACACUUCAACUACAUCACUCAACACUACAAACAACAGCAACUUAAUUAUUGAAAGCAGCAGCUGUGAAUUGAUGAUGGAGACAAAAGAAGAGAUGGGUUUCAAAUCCAUGCUUGAAGUAGCCGAAGAGGACUGGUACGUUGUGGGUAACAACAGCCACAACAACAACAACCACAGCAACGUCGUCAAGGAAAUGAGUUUUUCCACAGAUGGGUUAUUGCUUCACCACCACCACAACCAAGUCGAUUCCUCGUCGUCUUGCUCACCUUCCUCCUCGGUUUUCAACAACAUGGACCCUUCUCAGGUACCCUACUUUAUGCAACCCAUCAACAAGCAGCAGCCACCCCACCAGUCUUCCUUAUCUUCCUUGCUAGCCAAUGUAGUCUCCAACAAUAACAACAACCCUUUAGAACAUGGGUUCGAUUUGGGGGAGAUUGGGUUUCUCGACAAUCAAGUUGCUACAGCAACUGGCAACUUUCUGAACAGGGGGAGUGGUGGGUUGUUGUUGGGGAAUUGUGCUGAUUUUGGCUCGAUGAAUAACCAGAUGGGUGGUGCUGCUCACAAUUUGCCCCAAUUUGGGAGCAGUCCUCAUCAAAUGCUUCAAUUGCCUGAAACAGGGUUUAGAGGGUUUGAUGAGGGGAAUGGGAAGACUGGGCUGAUUUUGAAUAGGUCUAAGCUGUUGAGGCCACUAGAGAGUUAUCCUUCAGUGGGUGCACAACCGACGUUGUUUCAGAAAAGGGCUGCCUUGAGAAAGAAUUUGAGCGGUGGUGAUGCAGGGAAUCUGGGAAUUUUGGGGGGUGUGACUGAGAGGGAUAAAGGGAAGCAGGAAAUGAUUCAAUCUAGUGAUGAAGAUAAUAAUGAGAAGAACAAGAGGAUGAUGUUGAGCUCAAAUGGUGGUGAUUCCUUUCUGGAUGACUUGAGCAUUGAUGGAUCAGUAGGGUUGAAUUAUGACUCAGAUGAGUUCACUGAGAACAGCACUAAGUUGGAUGAAAUUUGCAAAGCGGGCGGUGGAGGGCUGAGCUCCAAUGCUAACAGUGGUGUCACCGGUGGAGGUGGUGGUGCUCCGGAUCAGAAGGGGAAGAAGAAGGGGCUUCCUGCUAAGAAUUUGAUGGCCGAAAGAAGGCGCAGGAAGAAGCUCAAUGACAGGCUUUACAUGCUGAGGUCUGUUGUUCCAAAAAUCAGCAAAAUGGACAGAGCUUCAAUCCUUGGGGAUGCAAUUGAGUAUCUGAAGGAGCUUCUGCAGAGGAUCAGUGACCUUCACAAUGAACUGGAAUUAACUCCUCCAGGGUCUUCUUCCUUGACACCAACAGCCACAACUCCAUUUCAUCCACUGACUCCGACCCCGUCAGCCCUCUCAGGCCACAUUAAAGACAAACUCUGCCCGAGUCCGAAUGGUCAACCUGCAAGGGUUGAAGUGAGAGUGAGAGAAGGGAGAGCUGUGAACAUCCACAUGUUUUGUGGGCGGAGGCCGGGACUUUUGCUGUCGACCAUGAAGGCCAUGGACAACCUUGGGCUGGACAUCCAGCAAGCUGUCAUUAGCUGCUUCAACGGCUUUGCCAUGGACAUCUUCCGGGCCGAGCAAUGCAAAGAAGGUGAGGACGUGCAUCCAGAGCAGAUCAAAGCCGUUCUUCUCGAUUCGGCUGGGUUUCAUGGGAUGAUUUAACCUUGAAGCUGAGUUCGGAGUAGUCGGUGUUCAACCUUAAAUUUGGUUCCAGUUAACAAGAAAGCAAAAGAAGAAUAGCCGUUAGUUUCCUGUUGCACCUGUUAGAUGGAGUAGAAUUAGGCAGUUCGGCUUUCGAGGGGUAUGGUAAUCAGCGUAUAUGGGAUCAAAAGAGUCAAAAUUUUAUGGUUUUAGGAAGUAUGGGAUUCAGAGAUUCGUUUCGAAAGUCUCUCGAGCGUUACUUAAGCUUUUGUUUUGAAAAUUUUCCCUCUUCAUAUAAUCCUGACCGCAGAGUGGCAUACAAUUAAUCAUGCCCAGUUACUCGGCAAGCUCUUUUUCUUCCACGGCGAAAUACACUUGUAUAGCCAAAACUAUCACGCUUGUGCCACUAAUAGCCACUUCCGUCCAAUUCUUUAACGGUGUCAGUUAAUAAGCUGACUGGACAAACGGAAAAGCUAAGUUGGCAAGUUUCUCUAUUAACAUAUUUGUGUUAGAUUAAUUAUAAAAAAUAAAAGUAAAAAUUAAAAAGAAACUGAAAAUUCUCCACCCAUCACUCCCUUUUCACUUUCCCCUUCUCUCUCUUCGCUUCUCUGUCGUCCGCCACACAACCCUAAUUUUCCAAACCACCACCACCGCCGACUCCCCCACCCCGACACUGCUUCCUUCUUCACUCUAGCUCGGGGUUGCCCAGCCGCAAUACCCUCCUCUCCGACAAGAACUCCAUCGUCCCCGUCCCCAGCCUCCUCCCCUUCUCCUCCGCCAGCAGCGGCAACCCUCCCCCACCUCACCACAACCAUCGCCGCCAACGAACCCUAGGCAAGGGGUAAGAAUCAUCCUCCUCCUUCGAUGGCGACGGAGACUCCGCCAAGUUCGUGCGCAAUGACGGGAUCGGCUUAUUUGUGUUGCUGCUUGACGACGUCUUAAAAUCCCCCAUUCCAAAUAGCCCAUCUCCAGAGCUGGAAUGUCGCCGGAAUAAAAUCUAGCUAUGGCGGAGACAGAGCUUGAAUCUGAGUCGAUAACCACCGCCACCAUUGGAUUUUCGAGACCCAUCUUCCUCUCCGUCAAAUCAAAAAAUGAAAAUCUCUUCCUACGACAGCGGAUUCCUUGGUUCACAGAACAUCGGCGAGUUCGGCUACGGAAUCAGAGUCUCCAUUGGCAUCCUCCUUCUAUUCACCAUCAUCACUCUCGCCUUGUACUUCUGUCGCAACACUAUCACCCUUUGGUCGGUUCCACCCAGCGGAGAUCCAUGGCCGCUUCCACCUCAAUGCGGCUCGCUACAGGGGUUGAGUGGGAGGAAGAAAAGGAAGAGGGGAAAGAUUAUGUAUUUUUAUCUUUUGUUACCCAAUUAGUCCCCAAUUAGUGAGAGUCCGUGUCACUAUUUUCCUCAAGAAUGGUAGAGGAUUUUUAAUUUAUUUUUUUAUUAUAUGAUGUGUUAUUAUUUGUUUAUGUGGCACUGACGUAUACUAUUUGCUUAUGUGGCGCUGACGUGUUCGAUGAGUUAGCGCCUUGUCAACAAACCGUCAAAAAAUUGACGGUGUUAAUAACACCGUCAAAGUAUCUAACGGAAAUGGCUAUAUUUGGCACAAAUGUUUCAAAAUUCUGGCUAUAAGUGGUAUUUCUCCAAAUUUGGCUAUAAGUGGCACAAACGUGAAAGUUUUAGCUAUACAAGUGUAUUUUGCCUUAAAAAAAAACAACUCUUUUUUUUUAUGCUAAGUUACUCAUCAAGCUUAGAAGCUGAAAUUCAAGCGAUGCAAUGGCAAUAAGUAGAAAGGGUAAAG